GGUUCUGGGCCUAUUCACGGCAUUCAGGGGGAAAUGGGUGAGUCCCAAGCUCUUCCUCUCAUCAACUUCUUCCCGUUCCACGCAGACCAACCAGACAUUAAGAAUUGAGAUCCUGCAACCGCAACAAUGGCGGCCAUGGCGAACACCUCUCGUCUCCCCACCCCCUGCAGCCUCCCAACCAUCAGCAUCGGCGCUAAGAGCAGGAGGCUAGCUGUGGCGGCCGUCAGAUGCGGUCCCGGCGGCAGCAGGAGCCACCGGAGGAGCCUUGGGGUCUUGCUGUGUCGAUCCUCGUCCACGGCCGGAGCCCAAGGGAGCACGAGGAUGGAGGACUAUAACACCGCCAUGAAGCGGAUGAUGCGUAACCCCUACGAGUACCAUCACGAUCUCGGCAUGAACUAUGCUGUCAUAAGUGAGAGCUUGAUUGUUGGCUCACAGCCUCAGAAGCCUGAAGAUAUCGAUCGCUUGAAAAAUGAAGAGCGAGUAGCAUAUAUUCUUUGCUUACAGCAGGACAAGGACAUUGAAUAUUGGGGCAUUGACUUCCAAUCCAUUGUCAAUAGGUGCAAAGAACUUGGCAUUCAGCACAUCAGGAGACCGGCCGUGGAUUUUGAUCCAGACUCACUGAGGUCGCAACUGCCGAAAGCAGUUUCGGCGCUAGAAUGGGCUACGUCGCAGCGCAAAGGGCGGGUUUAUGUCCACUGCACCGCUGGGCUUGGGAGAGCACCUGCGGUUGCAAUCGCUUACAUGUUUUGGUUUGAGAACAUGGAUCUUAACACGGCUUAUCAGAAGCUAACCUCCAUAAGGCCCUGUGGACCCAGCAAGAGAGCCAUCCGCGCCGCAACCUAUGAUCUAGCUAAGAACGAUCCAUCCAAAGAGCCUUUUGAGAACCUUCCGGAGCACGCUUUUGAGGGCGUUGCAGACUGGGAGAGGAAGUUGAUUCAUGACCGGGUGCGUGCUCUUCACGAAGCAUGAGCAGAAGAAACUUUCUCCACGCGUCAAGAAGGGGGGAACUAAGCUUCCUAAUGAGGCAAUGGCUGUGCUUCGGCACCAGAUCAUUAGAUGUCGAAACGAUAAAGUUUGUUCUCAAUAAAGCUUAUACGACGCCAUAUUUGUUGCUGGGUAGUUUGUAAUAGUCACUAAUAGGAAGGAAAUAAAGAGGGCCUUGCAUGAGAUUCCAGCUGGUGUCUUCACCUUUGUGGUGACUGCAAAUGAGAUGCCCAUCCAUUAAUGGCAUGGCGCAUUGUAGGUAUAUUGUGUAAAUAAACCUGUGGAUCUUCAUUUGAGGAACAUCACUUCUGUAAAAGUUUAUUUGAAGAUACGGCCAGCUUUGC